AUGUGCAUGGCGGCUGAUGGGUUCGGCCUCCGCUUGCUGGAAGCGGGAGAAGUUUGUGAAGAGGUUGGGGAGGACCUCGAAGUAUUCAGUGCAGCCGGGCGUGGGCGAGGUCUGAGAGGCGCAACAGCGGUGCCUGGCGAUGUUGUCCUGGCUGAGCAAGCUGUCUUGGCUGAGCCGUGCGCCAGUGGGGAGGAUUUUUCCAUUGCGGCCCAAGAGGACUGGAAGCAACUCGGUGCCUUCACCCGAGCCAAGCUACUGUCGCUGCGCUGGCGCAGCGCAGUCAAGGAGGGUUCGGAGCUGCCGACAGCGACAGCGCUGGGUCCCUUGCGUGACUGGCCCCGGCUGGAGGCCUCUGAGCACCUGGGCCAGGUGGCCACGGCCACGGCUUCGAAAGCUCCAGGGAUUCCGAGGCUCCGGGGCGUGGCCGCUUUCAACGGAAUGGCGGUGCUGAAGAUGGUUGUGAAGCCAUCGGUUUUAAAGACCAUCGAAGCGCAGCCCCGGCAUGGCCUGGCCAUCUACCCGGACGGCAGCUUGCUGAACCACUCCUGCCUGCCAAACGUUAACAGGCUGCCGUUCCCUUCGUGCCUAGUUGUUCGAGCAGCACGAGAUUUGCUUCCUCAAGACGAGUUGACCUGCACCUACAUCGAGGUCCGAGCUCCUCCCUUCGCGCGCCGCGCGGAGUUGGAAGACGCCUGGGGCUUUGAGUGCGGGUGUGGCCGCUGUCAGCUGGAGGCGAAGAUCUGGGCGGCUGAGCCCGAGGCCGAGAAGAGGGCUCGCUCACUGUGGCGGCGCUUUGAGCGGCGACGCAGAGAGGGCGCCUGCUCGGAGCAGGAGUUGCGAGAGAUGGUUGCAGAGGCUGCCGACUGCACAGGAGAAGUGCUCCGGAGGUUUUUGCAAACUGGGGCCGAAGGGGAUUUUCAAGGAGAUGCUGCGGUCUACCGGCCGGCCCUGGGCUGUGAAAACCCGGACGCUCAGAGCGAGAGCGCCCGAGCCGCUUCGGCUUUGCUGAAUCUCCUUUUGGGCUCCUACUGGGUCGCGCCUGCAUGGGAGCUGGCUUUCGGUUUGCAGGACAGGGAGGCUGCGCGGCACGCCGAGGCUUUGGACUUGUGGCUGGACACCCGGCUGCGCGAUGCAUGUUGUGUGGCCCACGGUCCCCAAGCCACGCCGCAGCAGCGGCAGAGGCAGCGCUGGCAGCCGUCGCAAGCGGCUCUAAGCUCUGGCGAGAACUUCUGGAGGAGGGCCCCGCUCGAAGAAUUAGUUGGGACAGUUGCACAGCUCUUGGAGAGCCUGAGAGUGGCUGCCGGUGCUUACGGCCCGGGUGCCUGGGGGCGCCUAGCGGCUGCGCGGCUGGAGCAGCUAUCUACAGAGUGGCGUGGAGUGGCUGAGUUUAGCCGUGCGAUUGAGCAGGUGGCAGCUCGUGCCGAGAAGGGCUUGGAGAUGGAGGAGAUUGCGGGACCGGAUUUGGAGGUGAAUUGGAUUGGUACGAGCCUCUUCGACAGGCUGGGAGGGGAGCAAGAGGGGCCGGAGUCCGACUACGCAGCAGAUUCUUGCGGCUCUGAUGCCGAGAAGUACUGGUACUCGCCAGUAGCGGCCGAGGAGGAGGCGCUGCCCCCGCCGCCGCCACCGCCCACGGCCAAGAGGCCGCACAGGGCCCCUGUCAACGGCUCUGCCCGAUCAUCGGCCAGACCAUCAGGAGCUGAAUGGAAGGUCUCUUCCGUUCCGAUUCAGGCUGCCGUGUCCAAAGCGAACGGACCACCGCCAAACGACUUGGCAUGUAAGGAUCGCGGAGAGCUUGAUCCGGACAAGCCGCCUGAGGCGAGGAAGUGCUCCGAAUCGUACGUCCAGCUGGUUCGUCAACCGUUUCCGGCAGUCUUGGGACUUCACCUUCAGAUUCGGAUGCCGACUGGAGACCAGGGAGGGAACCACAAAGAAGGCCCCAAAGAAGGGCCCUGGGGAAGCCUCUGGCCGGAGUGGACGCUUGAAGCAGCUGCGUCAUCGGCGCAGCCUUUGACAAGCUCCGUUGCUGUGGCCUUUGCUGGGGCAGCAGAUGCAAAUGAAGUGCCGCAGAAUCUGAGAAGCCUUUGCGAUCUGGCAGGGGAAUGCGCAGCCUGGCUGCACGCCAGGACGAUGAUUGCCAUCGCUCAAGUGCUGCUGCAGACGCCCUUCGACUUCAAGAACCUGCUUCGGCUGCUUCUGCGGAGCUUAGCCAAGGAUGCCCAGCCUUGUCACAGCUCUGACUGGGUUUCUCUGGCCUCAGAGCUGCAGCUUAUCGGCCUCGCGCACGGCGACGAAGCUCUGGACCAGCGCUGCGCAGAGGCGGCGGCCAUGGUCCGUACGAGGGCUGCCAGGGGCGAAAUAGUGGCGGCUGUGGAGCUGUUCUGGAUGUUUUUGACCGCCAAGGCUCUGAACGAGGAGCUCCUCUCCGCCUUGGAGUCCUUACAGGACGUUCCGGACAACGUCAGAUCGCCCGACGCGCUCGCAGGGCUCCUGUGUGGGCUGGCGCAGCCUUGCGUUCAGAAGAUCCUCGGUGCCCAGCGGCUGCUGGAACUCGCCGACCACUUCGCCAGGCACUUGAGGGAGGUUCCCCAGCAGCUUCCCACCAGGUCGCUUCCCCGAGUAGCCCUGGCACUGGCGGAUUUGCUGCAGACGACGAAGAAGGGGGGCCGCGAACUCCGCCAGGCCCUCCUCUCUUUGAACCGCGAGGCAACAUCACGUCUCGACUGGCUGUCCAUGGAAGAUCUGGCUGACUUGGUUGUUUCGUUGUCCUGGGCACCGGCAGAGCAGCAGGACCUCAUGGAUGCAUUUCUGACGGAAGCCGGUCGUCGUCUCCAAGGCCACGCAGGUCCUCCGAUCCCAAGCCCCGGAUCUGCCGUCGUUUUGCGGAGAGCGCUGGGGUCGUUGCCGUGUGGCAGCGUUGGUCUACUUGGGGAGUUCUGCCUGGUUACGGGCCGCUGGCGCGUUUGGCUGCAGGGCGAUUCCGUGGAUGCCCGGGAAGAGGACUUCGGGGUCCUGGACGGGGGUGCAAGGCCUCGGCGCUGCUGCUUCGCGUGCUGGCGGCUUGCGCCCCGGCUCUGGAAGUCAGCCGACGAUGUGAAUUCUGUGAUGAGUGUCGCCGGAACUGUGGGCGGGCAGAGGCUUGGGGCCUUCGCCCCGAGCAUUGGCGCGGAUGUCUUUGGCCGCAGCUCACGCCAGAAGGAGGGAUUGCUCAAGCAGUUCCGCGCUGCUGCAGAGCGGCUCUACCACAAAGUGACGGACGAGUUACCUUUCCGGGACGAGACCGGCCUUUCAAAGCCAAGUUCUUUGGCAAAGUCUGGGCGGGACAUUCCCGUUUUCGUCGUGAAUCUGGAUCGCAGCCCACACAGGCUCGAGGAGAUGCGCCGAGGGGUGCAGCGCUGCGGCGUUCUUUGCGCACGGCGCUUUGCGGCGACGGAUGGCCGGCAUCGCGUGGUGCGACGCAGCCAAUGCGAGCCCUACACCAGAGACUUGACGAGCUUCGCUUUGCGCUGGGACGAGGCUCGACCCGCCAUUGGUGUGGCGUUGACUGCUGACCAAGAAAGGCACUACGUGGGCUACGCCGGAUCUUGGUUAUCACACAUGCGGGCUUUGCGCCAGGGCUUUGAGGAAGGAUCCCCCUUCGUGGUCGUGCUUGAGGAUGACCAGGUUCUGAGUCCUCACUUCAACGGUGUCUUGCGAGAUAUUCUGGAUUCCGCUGGUGAUCUUCUGGAUGUCGUCAUCUUGGGUCCUUUAGAUUGGCGCCUCCGAAGCUUGCAGUACGCACAGCGCCGCAAAGUCAUGCAGCUGAGACACCCGACGAGCACAAGCAGGUCGAGCGAGGAGGAGUACAUGGCAGAACUCUAUGGUUACAAGCCCACCUUACGUCACGAGAGCACAUACUUCCUCUAUUCUAUCGGAUCCCGGGCAAUGACGGGCGAAGAUCUGCUUUCCACGGGUUGCUGUGGAGUGUGGGGCUAUCUGGUCAGCCGCCGCGGGUGCCAGAAGAUGGAGGCUUCCAUGAAGUUCAUGUGGGAGUCCUUCGACGACGUGCUCCAAGCUGAGCUUCAAGGCGACAAUCGCUUCACCAGCUUCGUGGGGAAGCACCGCCUCUGGGCCGUGUGGCCUCCUCUCGUCUCCUCGGACGGGAAGUGGCCGUCGCAAAACUCUGGGGAGGAGACGUGGCUUUCGAGCUUCCGCGACCACUCCUUGCAGGUCCAGGCGGCUCGAGUACUGCUCGGCCCGGAGAGCGGAGCUUCGAAGGACCAAAGGCAUCUCCGUGUGGCGGCCGCUUCUGCGCUGCUCUGGCCACCAGUGGAACCUGUUUGGGCUUACGUGGUGCGAGGCUGGCGGCGGCUCUUCGCACAGCGGGCGGGAUCUGGUGGCGGUUUCGAGCUUCGGACGGAGAUGCAGCACAAGCUCUACAAAGAACGGCGCUUCUUUGAGCUGGCAUCUGAAGGCCUCACUUGGAGCUGGACGGUGCUUCGCGCUGCCUUCCUCUUUGGCUUCGCCCGUCCUUUGCCGGCGCUCUGGUCGACCACACCACCGGAAGGGCCUCCCGUUCAGCUUCCGCCUUUGUCUUUACGCCUGGUGUUUGGCCCGUGGUCGCAGCUGAACUGGGCCCCCAGUGCUUGGUGGAGAGAUUUGUUGGAUGCAGCACCAGGCUCUCGGAUACACCAGCUGCAAGCUGCGGCGUCCGUACCGUUCACCGGUGCAGAGUUGAGGCAGCAGCUGCCUCGAGCUGCAUUUCGCGACAUCAACGUCGAAUCGAUGGACACCGCCGAAUCUGCAGGCUCAGGUGAAGCUCUGGUGCUGGCUGCUGAAGUGGCUGUGACACUGGAUCUGCUGCAGGCGCCGCUCUUACUAUCGGCGACAAAAGAAAACUUUGUGCCACCGGAGGCCCUGCGCACAGAGCUCGUGGCUGGUCAUCCGGUCCUGGCAACUGCUCGCUCACUGGCAACUCUCGCGGAACUUUGGAACUCGCUCUCAGAAGGGGCGCUGCAUCUCAGACUCGCUUUCGUCGGUGCGAACCCUUUCGCGUCACAGCUGCGUCCGCCUGCUGCUGUGGGAGCUGACCCUGUGCCAGGGCGUUGGGCUCGAAUCUGCGGGCUGACCAAAAGGUCCGACCUCAACGGCUCCGAGGCCCUCCUUGCAGAGGAACGCGAUGAUGGCCGCUGGCGGGUCUCUACGUCCAGCGGAGACCUUGCGGUGCGGCAGGAGAACCUCGUUCUGGCUGGGGAUUCUGCCAUACGGUCAGAGCCAGAAAAGGGAUCCCGGGGAAAGACCCUCCUGGAGGACAUGCGCGACAACAGUCCUUCCAAGAAUGGUGUCUCCUUCUCCUCCUUCACUGCCCCGUACAGUGCUAGGGACAGCUACGCAGGCAUGAGCGACCAGGCCAUGUCAUCUGGCAGCGGCCUUCUGACAGCAAGAUCGCUUGCCACAACAGCCGCUGGCACGAGCAAUCCAGAAUUCGAAGUGCAGAUAGAUCGUGCGCCCGGCUCUUCACUGGGCCUCAACUUGGACGCUUUGGACGGGCAGUCGCUUAUAAUUAGCGCCGUCAAGGCAGGCCCCAUUCGUGCGUAUAAUGAGGCGCAGGAAGACGAAGACCUCAUGCUUCAGCAGCGUGCUCAGAGUGGUUUCGGUAGCUGCAUCGUAGCAGCAUCAGCUGACUGGCAUUCAGCCACAUCGAACAUCAUGGAUUCCUCUGCCAUGAGCAUUGCUGUAAUCAUCCCGGCGAUGAAUGAGGAGAAGGCCUUGCCCGCAACGUUGCGAACAGUCUUCAACCAGGAGCCGCCACCCAGCGAGGUUGUGGUCGUGGAUCCUGGCUCGACUGGGGGCUACGGCUGUGUGGAGUCAGAAUCCAGUCCAGUCGUCAAGGAGUUUGCAGUCAGACCGCACCCAGGAGGUGGCACGGAGCUGUGGAGCUUCGGUGCUUACCUCGCCGCGUGGCCGGUCCCUUCAGAUGAACGCCGGGGCGAAGAGCACCAAGGCCACCUAGUUACCUCAAAAAGGCCACAGCAGAUCCAAAAGCAGAGGAAGCAGAGGAAGCAAAGCGUGGCCGGAAAGCGAGCCGUAGCCAUGAAGGCGAAGCCGAAGGCCAAGGAGGCGAAGAGUGCGAAGGCCAAGGCCAAGCCCAAAGCCGCCAAAGCCGAGCCGGAACGCUCGGGCUCGGAGCUGGAACGGUCGCCCUCGGAGGGUUUGGAUUCUGCGAUUCCGAAAGAGAGCAGCGGCAGCGCCUCUGCGGCCGGGUCAGGUGCAGCAGCCGCACGGGCGGUCCGUGCGGAACAGAAGGAUUCAGGGCCCACAGAGGCAGCGGCAGAGGCCCAGAGCAAUGCAGAGCCCAAGGCGAAAUCCCCGGCCGAAACCGCUGCAUCCGUCGCCCCUGCCGUGGCUGAGCAAGGGCCCGAAGCCAAGGAGUGUGAGCCUGCGCCAGCUGCGCCGGUGAAGAUCGAUCUGUCUUCCGUGCCGGACCCUUGGGCAGAGGUCAGCGAUGACCUAGCUCUCACGCGGAUAAAGGAGGAGGAGUGGGAGGUAAUCGAGGCUUCCUCGGAGCCGUCAGCCCCCAGCCAUCUGGCCGCCAAAGAUACCGAGCUCGAGAUUCUGAGCUUGAGCGAGGGGCAUCGUAAGCAGCUCGUCGCAGCGGAUGUGUCCGAGAACCAGCUUGCCUCGGCACAGGCUUUAGGAGGCCCACUGUGGCUCAGGUACCUGAACAUCAGCACAAAUCCCAUCACUUCGCUUGACGGGCUGGCCGAGCUUUUUCCAAGGCUUCUUGUCCUCGACCUGAGCUUUGUGGAGCUGUCAGAGAUUCUCGGUGUCUGGAGUGCCCUGGCAGAACUGCCCCGGCUGCGGAAGUUGCAGGCGGAGGGCUGUGGCAUCGCGAGCUUUGAGGAUCUGGAGAAAAUGAGUGAGCUUCGCACGCUGGAGCUCAAUGACAAUGCUCUCGAGGACCUUGAAGAGUUGGACACCCUGGCUGCAAAGUGCCCGAACCUUCUGGAGCUCGACCUGCGUGAGAACGACGUUGCCUCAGAGCCGGGAUAUGCAAAGAAGGUGAAGAAGCUUUGGCCCAAGCUCACUUGGUUCGACAACCAGUCCUUAAAAAAGUAUGUGGCGGCUGGUGCAGCUGCUGUUUACGAUGCUGAAGUGCUGCGUGAGAAGGACGUAGCUGCCGUUGACGGUAUGUUCAAGAACGAGUCCUGCUCGUGCCUCGAAGGAAAUCCAUGUGUGGAUCCAGCUACCUGCAAGGACUGGGCAAACAGGGAAAAGGUCGCCGCAGCCGCCAGAAAGAAGAAAGGCCUGCGGGACGACACAGGCAUCGCAAAUUUCACAAUGCACGCCCUGGCCUGUGGCAGCAGCGGCCCUGUGCCUUUUCCGGGUCCGAGCGUAGCACCGCAGAGAAACGGUGUAGGUUUCCAGGAUUUUCCAGGCUUUACCAACAUGUUUUACUUUGGCUUGCCCAGCGGCUCACAAUGUCGUGGCCUGCUUGAAGCUGCUUUGCCCGCACCCGUUCUCCUCUUCCUCCAUGCCGACACGCACUUGCCACCUGGGGCCCUAGCAGAGCUCCAGGUAGCGCUGUGCGAUCCGGACGUCCAGGGUGGGUGCUUCGAGCUACGGUUUGACGAGGAGGCGGAGAACGCAACCUUGCGACUUUGGAGUUGGUUUACCAGAACGGGCUUCUGCCGGACACCGCGCCUGGUCUUCGGCGAUCGGGGCAUCUUCGUGCGGCGGAAAGCUUUUGAAGAGCUGACGGGCUACAGGGAGUGGCCGCUUCUGGAGGAUGUCGACUUUGCGAUGCGCUUGGCAAAGCUCAGCCGGAGAGCUUUCCACUUCCUUCCGGUUGCCGUGAACGGAGCUAGAGGCAGUUCUCAGGCACUGCUGGAACGGCUGAAGGCGGACACUGUCUUGGUGCUUUACAUCAAGCGCCCGGUCGCUUUCACCAUCAGCAUUGCGAGAGCAUACGCUCCGCUCGGCUUGCAGGUCGAGCAUGCGCCAAACGGGACCAGCCUCUUAGUGAAAACCGCGGGGACCCAAGGCUGUUGCAAAGAGCCCUUGGAAUGUGUGGACCAGUCGAUCGAAGCGAAGCUUGACACCCUGAUUCGGCUUUGUCAGGGCCAGGGCAAAGAACUGCAGCAGCUGCGGCUUCGCAUGGCGGGUGUGGAAGAGAAGCUUCAGGCACUUCAGCCUGAAGUUCGUGAUGCUUCCUCGUUCGUCUCGCGAGUCUCAAAGUCCCCGAAGCUGCGCUGCAACUCAAUGGUUUCAAAGGCGUCCCGGGGUGUCUCGGAUUUCACCAACAUCGACGAGAUGUUGGAGCAAAGAGUCAUGAAAGCAGCAAGGAAAAAUCGGGAUGAUCCUGCCCACGGCAAAUCCGCUUACAAGAGAAGCGGCACCUAUCAUGUGGGAUCAUCGCAUGGAGUUGCUGUUCUUCCCGCGUCACGUUCAAAACAAUCGCUGAAGUUCGAGGAGAACCCGAGCCCGGUUGGCAAGAGAGCAUCUGGUGCAGUCCAGGUUGUUCCGAUUCCAACGAGUCCACGGUCGUCGGUGCCCAAGAGUUCCCCCAAAGACCACUGCACUUCCUUGAGCAACGUUUUUCAAAGUCGCGAGGCCCAGCUAAGUCCUGCAUCCCCCAAAAGCGCAGCCACCGGCACCGUCUUGACGGUGCCCACCACCUCCGAAGAGCAAGAAGAGCCCACCGUCUGCUGUGAGAGUUGUGUUUCCUGCUGGUUGGCCUGCUGCGAUGCAUGGACACGCUUGUGCGGCCUCACGCCCUUGGUUCAGCGAUGGAUCGAGAACCCAGAAGAGGAGUGCGAGGAUUUGGACCCGAGCGUGAUGCUGGUGUCGAAAGCAUAUCAUUGCCUGGUGUUGAGUCUCAGCUGUGUGGGAGUUUGGAUGAAAGCCGCUAGACUGAGCGUUUGCAGCCCAAGCGAUCUAUGUGCAAGCGGACCGCCGGCGACGGACUUGGCCAUUGCGGUUGGUGCUGUAAUGGCUGUCGGGUCCUGUGGUGGGUUCAAAAACUACUUCAAGGGUGCACAGAUGCAGAUUCAGAUCGCCGAGCACCUGAAGGAGAGCAUCCACUGCGCGGGCUUAGAGCAGCAUCUGAGGACACAGAAGGUUACUGAUGGCUUCGCCAUGGUGCUGCUUUGGAUGGCUGUUUUGGCCACGCGUCUUUGGCUCCACAGCUCUGCAGCGGAAUGGGAUGGUUCGCUCGUUUGCCAGAUCAUCCUUCAUGCCUUUGCUUCCGCGGCUCUUCUAGGAGCUUGCUAUCUUCAAGUAGCCUGCUGGCGUGGUGUGUCUCUGACCAUCGUUGCCUUUGCCCGAUCCCUCCUCACUGGUCACGUCAGUGGCCAGGCGGCCCGAACGAAAUGGCGAGAGAUGACAAGUUGCAUGCGCCAAGCUUCGCGCAUGUACCAGCUCACCUCUGCGGCUUUGGCACUCACGACAGUCCUUGUAUUUUUUGCUGCUCUCUACGACAUGCACCAGGGCCCGAUGAUGGUUGUUUUGCCGAAUCUGGUGGUCGCUGCGAGCCUGCUUAGUUCGCUGUAUGUCGCAGCAUCUGCAACGGCCCACUGCACACGGCUCCCAUCUUUGGUCAGCAUGCUCGAUGACGACGACACAGAGGUAGAGCAGGGGUACAUGAACUUGUCAUUGUUCCUGAGCCUUAGCGAGUCCGGAUUCUUCAUGUGGGAUACCCGCGUCACUCUGGGUGUCCUGCAGAAGUUUGUUUACUUCACAACUGCCAUUGUUGGGUUGCACUUUCGGCUGGUGAACGGUUUCCUGGCCUCCCGGCUAUGGGACAAUCUGAAUGGGGCGGCGCAGACCUUGUUUUUGCGGAAGCAGUCCGAGAAACUUCCGGGCCUGAGUUGGCCCUGCCUCCAACUGCGACUGCGGAUGGUGCCGCUGCAGCGUGGGACGUCCGGCAGGCCAGCGAUCAGCAAGGUGGUCAAGGAAGAUGUUGCGACGACCGGCAUAGGCUGCAGAGGAGCUUUCUUUGCGGACCAAUGCUUCAUAGAGUAUACAAGUUCCUUCCACAAAUCCGUCCUUGCCCGGGCACGAAAGCCGCACGGCACGGAUUACAUCUUUUAA